AUGAAAAACAUCAUAGCUCUAGUUAUUAUCUCGGCCGUCCAGGCUCAUUACACCUUCCCGGACCUUAUAUACAACGACGUGACCGAGACAGACUGGACUUACGUCCGCCAAACCGAAAAUUACCAAUCCCACGGCCCGGUUCAAAACGUCACCUCCGAAUCAAUCCGCUGCUACCAGCUCGCGGCGGGCAACGAAGGCGCCCAGACCCAAACCGUCACCGCCGGCGAUGUCGUCGGCUUCCGCGUCGACCCGUCCAUCCAGCACCCGGGACCUCUCGCUUUCUACAUGGCCAAAGCCCCAACGGGCGAGGUAGCCGCUGACUUUGACGGCGCCGGCGACGUCUGGUUCAAGAUCUAUGACGACCAGCCUACCUUCGCGGCCGAUGGGCUUACGUGGCCGUCGGCCGGGUUGACUGAGGUCAACGUUACGAUCCCAGAAUGUGUUGCGCCGGGGGAGUAUUUGUUGAGGGUCGAGCAUAUCGCACUGCAUGCUGCUUCGUCUGUCGGAGGGGCGCAGUUUUAUAUUGCGUGUGCGCAGUUGACGGUCGAGGGGGGCGGCACGACGGAGCCAGAGGGGGUUGCGCUGCCGGGGGCGUAUAGUGCGACCGAUCCGGGGAUUUUAUUUCAACUGUAUUAUCCGGUGCCGACGAGUUAUGUCAACCCUGGGCCGGCGCCGAUUACUUGCUAG